AUGGAAACAAUCCCGAUUAAAAAGCGCUUUCAAUCGAUUUUUUAUGUCUUAACCCAUUUUUCUUGUUCAAUUCUUCAAUUAAGUUGUGUUUUUGCUAUCUUGGGUUUACAAAUCACUUUAACAGUAACGAAAACGUGUUCAUACCGGAUCGGAGUUGGCUUUUGGUCAUUUCCGUCGUUAUUUGCAGCUCCAAUUAGUAUUUGGAUACUUCUAUGGAAACAGAACGUCGUUUCGUGUUGUUUCACCUUUUUCCUUCAUAUCUGUUCGACUUUGUUCGCAACAACAAUCAUUAUCAUAAGUUUUCUUACACUUAUCGGUCAGAUCGGUUCGUCAUGUUCAUCGGAGAAUUAUUUUUUACCUCUAAAUGUGUCGUUAAUUGUUAUUUCAAUCAUCUUAAAACUGUUCAUCUAUGGCGAAAUUCUUUUGCUUUAUCUUUUACAACAUCAUGUUAACAGACCAAUUCUUCUCUCGGAAGCAGAAUUUCAAGAGAAAAACUACGAAAUUAUCUCAAAUGAGGUCGACAUCAAACCGUGGAAAGUCUUUCGAUCGAUUUUGAAAAAGUCUCGAAAUAGUGCGACCGAUCUUGAUGUGUAA